AACCUCCUUAGAUCUUAAAGUGAUUUUUCAGGGUUCCAGUUCUACAGAGAAUUAGGAGCUGGUACCCAAAUGAGAGAGCAGUGAAAAAUUUACAUGCGAGCAGAAUAAUUUGCCUAACUUAGGACAUCUGUCAACUAAAAUCCAUAGAAUUGUUGGGUAAUCACCCUAUGUCCCCAUUCUUUAAGCCAUUCUAUUCUGUAGAUUGAUAUUUUUGGGUGGCACUGGGGAUCAAAUCCCUUACCUCGUGGCAUGCUAAACCAAUGCUCUAUCACUGAGCUCUGUGCCCAGAUCCAAAGCAUAGUUUUACGCUUUUGUCUCUUGAGAUAGGGUCUCACGUAGCCAGCACUGGCCUCAACUACACUAUAUAGCUGUGGAUGACCUUGGCUCAUGCUCCUGCCUCCACCUCCCACACGCUGGAAUGGCAGUCGUGCACCACCGCGACCAGCCUCGGAUGCGAGUUUUAAAACGCUCCACUGUCUCACGGAACUAAAGCACGGGCUUCAGAAGCAGGCAGUCUCGGGCUAAAUCUGAGCACUGUGGCUGACUAGCUUUGUAAUCUCAGGCAGGCUGCUUAACUGCAGAUGGAGAUCUCACCACCUCCUCACUCCGGGGUACUGUGGUGCAGGUUAGAGAUGCCUGUGAAAGUGCUCCACGCCGCCUCGUACACAAGAGUUGCACAAGCAGUGUUGGCUAUGACCUCACUUACUUACCUCCAGCUCUGCGCAGUUACAGCGGGAAAGUGUUGGUCUUUGAAUAGAGAAGUUUACCCAGGAAAGAGCUUUCAUUCAAAGGGGAAAUUAAAGGAAGAAAUCGUAAGCAACAAACAAGGCGUUUGUGUCCUGAAAAGCCGUCGAAACAGCUGUGGAGUGAAAGCAGGGUGGACACCCAGGAGAAACCGGGCUUGGUGUGAUAUUUUUGUCACAAAGGACUUCAAGAAGAAAAGAGAAGACGCUCCUCAGAGAAUGAAAGAGUCUAGCGUAAAAAUGGACAGCGGAGCUUCUGAGAUUCAGAUAGAAACGAAGGAAGAAAAGGAGCCGGGGGCUGUGUGUCCUCAGAAAGAGAGGCAGGAAAGGAACAGAGCCACGCUCUGCUUCAAGAGAAGGAAGAAAGCAAGCAAGAUGAAGUCUAAGGUUGCUUCCAAGACCACCGAGGGGACCAAGACAUGUCCUCCAGAAGCCGGGGCCUCUGAUCAGCCACAGCCAGCCGGGGCCUGGGCCUCCAUCAAACGCUUUGUGACACCUGGGAAAAGGUCAGAGUCUUCGAAGAAGCAGAAGCCAUCUGCAGCUGAAGUACAGCCCGAGGAUGCAGCUCUUCCUAAGAAAAAGGCAAAAUCCAGACUUAAGAUUCCUUGCAUAAGAUUCUCAAGAGGGGCAAAGAGAAGUCGUCAUUCUAAACUCACAGAAGACGCAGACUACAACACUGGAGUCCAGCAGAGAGGGACUGACGAUUUGGAGACAAAACCCCAGACCCAACCGGCUGACCGGACAAGCCAGGCUAAGUCCACACAGGGCCCACAGGAAGGUGUGUUGGUGGAAGAUGGUAAAGAUGUCCAAGAACCGCAGGUCAGCCGCAACACCACAUCUGGAGAGAAUGUGAUUUCCGUAGAACUGGAAUUAAAAGAUGAGUCUUCUGCUAUUCAGAUGGGAACUCCCGUGCUGGAAAAGGAAGCUGAAGUGAUUAAGGAAAAACCAAGUGUACAGGCGCAGCAAGCAAGUUCAGAAGUAGACAGCCCCCAUCCAGUGGCUUCUCAUGUUCCCGCCUCACCAGCCACCGCGUAUCAACGUGGUGUCGACAAACCCAGUGACACCGUCCGAGACCGCGCACCCAGUGCGAAAGAUGACAGAAGUAGAAAGGGUGCUGCUGAAGAAAAGAAAGCAAGUGACAUUGUGCAGGGCCAGGGGGAAGAAACCCCACUGAGUCAGGCAGAGGAAGCUGCUGUCAGCCAGGCACACAAAAGUGCCGUGGGCCAGGCAAAGGAAGCUGUAGUGGCCCAGGCAAAGGAAGCUGUCGUGGCCCAGGCAAAGGAAGCUGUAGUGGCCCAGGCAGAGGAAGUUGUCAUGGCCCAGGCAGAGGAAGCUGUCGUAGCCCUGGUGGAGGAGACUGUAGUGGCCCAGACAGAGGAAGCUGUCGUGGCCCAGGUGGAGGAAGCUGUCGUGGCCCAGGCGGAGGAAGCUGCUGUGGCCCACGCGGAAGAAGCUGCUGUGGCCCAGAUAGAGGAAGCUGUAGUGGCCCAGGCGGAGGAAGUUGUAGUGGCCCAGGCAGAGGAAGCUGCUGUGACCCAGACGGAGGAAGCUGUCUUGGCCCAGGCAGAGGAAGCUGCCAUGACCCAGGUAGAGGAAGCUCUCGUAGCCCAGAUGGAGGAAGCUCUCGUGGCCCAGACAGAGGAAACUGUCGUGGCCCAGGCAGAAGAAGCUGUCGUGGCCCAGGUGGAGGAAGCUGCCGUGGCCCAGGCGGAGGAAGCUGUUGUGGCCCAGGUGGAGGAAACUGUAGUGGCCCAGGCAGACGAGGCUACAGUGGCCCAGGCACCAGAUCUGAAAGAAAAUGGAACUGACACAGAGAAACCCAGAUCAGAGGAAUGCAAAAGAAUGGAGCCAAUUGCUAUUAUCAUUACAGACACUGAAAUCAGUGAAUUUGAUGUUAAGAAAUCUAAAAAUGUCCCUAAGCAAUUCCUAAUUUCAGUGGAAAAUGAGCAAGUAGGGGUUUUUGCUAAUGAUAGUGAUUUCGAAGGGAGAACUUCAGAACAAUAUGAAACACUCUUAAUAGAAACAGCCUCUUCCCUCGUCAAGAAUGCCAUCCAGUUGUCUGUAGAACAGCUGGUUAAUGAAAUGGUUUCCGAGGAUAAUAAAAUAAAUGCUCUGUUACAGUGACUUCGUUUCCAGAUCAUGGGAAAGGGAAAAAAAAAACUUUAAAGAUGAAUUAUUUUAUACAUUUGUGACACUUCUUUCUCAGUCAUAAAUUCCAUCUGUGGAAUUUAAAGGUACGGUUCCAACCCGGAAGGGCUGAAGAAUAAAUGAAGUUUAUAAACUCACCCAAACACAGUCGCUUCUGACUGGAAGGAGUCAGCCCAGAUCACAGCACGCAGUGACAUACAGGAAGGUGCAGAAGUGACCGGCGAUGAGUCCUUUGAGGAAGGCCACUUACUGAGCCCUGGGUAUGCUGUACGCUCCCUGCUGUUCGCUACCGUCACGAAGUCUGGGUUUUUUUCUGAUGGGUCGACCCUGUGUAAAGGCGAACGCUGCCUUCGCUUUUCUCUUACAGUAUAUUUUCUAACGGUGAGUCAGGUGAGGGGGUUUCUAGUCCCGCACAAGCUCCUUUCAAAAGCCAGUCACAGGUUCCUUCCGCCAGGCGGGUAGUUAAAGAGUGUGUAAGCGUGGCAACCAGGAGAGUGUUUUCUUCUCACCCCUCUUCUGCCCAGCAGACUUGUAUAUACCCAUCUCUGUGUGGACUAUCUGCUGAGACGUUAGAACCAAAUACAUAAAGGGAAUAGUAUGUUUCAUCCAGAAGGCAAACUUGCCAGACGACGGAGGAUUCCCUCUAGUGAAACGACUUCUGGAGGCCCAGGAAAACCGUAAUAUCCUUGUGAAAGUAUUUCUUCUUGGCCAAACGGGAACUAUGUAUACAACUGAAUAAAAAGUCAAAAUUCAUGCUGAAGCAUAGAUUUUUUCAACACCAGUGUUUUUUCGAUGUGUCUAGCCAUGAUAGUGUUACAUGCUUCUCAGCCCCGCGGGUUAGGGUUCAUACUGUACAGCACCCCGCUCCACUAUCGAACCCAAGUGAUGAUGUUAAAGGCCGUGCGGACGGGACGGUGGCUGAUGGAGGAGAGCAUCCUCCGGAGGCAUGAGCACCAAUGGUUUCCAUCUGCUCUGCACUUCACAGUGAUGAUGAACUGCAUAUGUGUACAUUGCUUUGUUUUGUAAAUACAUAUUGUGAUCUCUUACAGAAGUAACCAACGUGGCUUUGGAAUUUAACAAAAUGGUGGAUGUUUAGCAAGAUUCUUUGCUGGAAUGUGAAACUCUUUUCUUCAGGCUUGCCUGUCUUUAUGUUUUCAAUGGGCGAUGGGGGCAUCAUUCAAUUUAGAAAGAUAAAAACACACGGCUGCCCCUCAAUACAUUUCUUUUAAUUGUGUACCUUUUAGACAUGAAACCAAAUCACUGCUAAAUCAUCUUUGAGAGAAUAACCCACUGUGUAUGGUGCUAAUAGACUUGUAUAGCUACCAGCAAAUAUGUUUAAAAUGAACAGUUUUAAAUGCCUGACUAAGGUUGGUGCACUUUGCAGUAUUUUAAAUAAUCCUGUAUCUAUUUACUAUUAGAAUGGCUCCAAGCUAAUAUACUUGUAUUAAAGUCCCUAAUAAUCUAUUAUGAAUGAGAAAAAGCUAUAAAAUAUACAGCACUUAGCAAUUAUUAAGGGUAUUUUAGAUUUGGGGAUUUUGAAAAACAGAAACUAACUAUGUAAUUUGGGGGGUAAAAAAGUAGCCCCAAGUUUCAAGUUUUAGUGUGUGUGUGUGUGUUCCUUACACUGCUGUUUGAUAAAUACACCUUUGGUUAGGAGCCAUUGUGAUUGAUUGAUUGUUUUUAUAAGAAAAUAUAUUCUUCAUUUUUCAUUGGUUUCUCUGGCUUUUCUAGGGACUUAAAGAGAAUUUCCAUCUGGAAAUAGAAUACUUCAUUCUUAAUUAGUUUCUCUGGCUUCUCUGGGGACUUAAAGAGUGUUUCUAUCUGGAAACAGGAUGCAGAAAUUCAUCAGUGGGUUGCAAUCUGAAAUAUCUGCUAUGUGGCCAAAUUAUAGAGGAAUUUGGGGUGAUCCAAACUGUUCCGUUGUUAUAAAAAAAAAGCAGGAAUCAGAUAGCUUGGAAGUCUACUAUAAAAUAUUUUAUUAUGAUAGGAUAUAUUUCAAGCAGUUUGACCUGUGAAAAAUAUGUAGAAAGAUUCUAAUUCAAUUUACACCCUUUUUGGCCUUAAACCAACCAGUUUAAAGGCAUCAAUUUAGGCAUCGUUAAUCACUCACAGUAAUUUUAAUUGAAAUCUGCCUUUAAUGAACAUUUAUCAGCUAGAUUCUAAUUUCUUUUUGAAGGCAGAGGGGCUUAUCAGAUACUUAACAAUUUUUCAAUGUAUUAUCUUCAUCCCCUUAAGAGUUGAGCAUUAUUCACUCCACUUACAACACAGAGAAUAUGAGCACUUGCCUAGGUGUGUGUGUGUGCGUGUGUGUGUGUGUGUGUGUGUCACUAUUCCCUUAACAUUUUUUUUUCAAAGCACUUUUUAGGAUAUUAAAAAUAGUACCUGGUAACAUUUAAGUAAAGGUAGCAGAAAACAAAAGAACUUUCCAGCAGAAAUCAUGUUCCUUGCCACCUCCUCCACCUCCAAGAAUAAUGAGCAUGUGGCACGAACGGAGCUCUUCAGAGAAGCUGUCUGCAUAAUUCUCCUCCACGGCAAUGGGCUUGACAGCGCGGAGAUGGCAAUGAUCUUAAUUGGUCUACUAUUUGGUGGCGUCUGAGACCCGGCUUUAUUUCUGAGAUGAGGUGAGGCUCUUGGCCUGUGAGAAGGGCCUGGGCCAGUCUUGCCUGUACACAUGGCCCAGAGUUCGUUCCAUCGGCAAAUGUCUAUCUUCAAUUUGCCUUAAUUUUUAUAGUUGAGAAUUUUUUAGGGGUUGUGUCAGACUUUUUAAAACAAUUGUUAGACUUUCGAACCCUGUUGUUUGAAAAGAUCCUUCUGUCGGCUUUACUGAGUAAGUGUGUUCUACUUCUUAGUUUAAUACUAACUGCGCCAGGAUUUGACUUUUCUGCCUGCCAUUUUUGCAUUUUUUUAAUAUCUUCAUUUAAACUGUAGAGUUCUUUAGGUUCAAAUUCCUGUCUUACUGUAUAACAAAGUUUCAUAUACGGAAUUAAAAUAUUCAAUCUAUACUGCAUUUUAUCACAUAUUUUUAACACGAAUUUUUUUGUAAUGAUCCUUGACAAAAGUUUACUAGGAUGAAUCUACACAAAGUAUGGGUGCCCCGAUUAAGUUAGAUCCAACAUGUGUUAGGCUUAAUGCCUAUCGAUGUCUUGGUAGUAGGACCUCCCACAGCUCAUCCUGGGCAUGGUAUGUGUAUGUGUGUGUGUCUGUGUUGGAAGGAAAGAAGUGGCAACAGAAGCCAGGAUGGGGAAAAGCAGCCACAGACAAAGCAAAAAGAUAAAUGACAAUCAGGGAAGUAGAAAGGGUGUUUCUGUCUGGAACGGGGGUGGGGGGGGCCUGAAUAUAGCGGCAGUCUGAAUACAAACACUGUAUUCAUUCUGAUUUGUGACCAGGUGCAGGAAGAAGGCCUGUAUAAUGCCACACAUGUCAGGUCGUUGCCUGUAGAAAUGUUAAGUGGAUGAGCCAUUAAAAAGUAAGAGUAACCAUUUUGUAUCCUCAUUAAAAUUGGUAUUUCUGUGAAUCAGAGGCACAUAUUCAAGAGAUAAUAUUCUGUAGAGAAAAAGUUUUCAAGUUGAAUUAAUUCAUGUACUGAGGAAUACAGAAUAAAUGUUAUAUUAACUUA